AUGAACAAAAUUGAGGGGCUCGAGAUUUCUACUGGCGCGAACACCGGAGAAGCGACCGGAGCUGAGAUACAAAACAUCAUGGAUCAGUUUCAAGAUGGUAUGGGCGGUAUGGACGAGAAAGAAAUUAUGUCACCACGGCUCGAAAGGCAGCAAUCUGCUCUUGUUCUUCCCCCUCGAACCUCCAGUCUCGAAUCUAAGGAACCUUUCGCGCUCGAUGCACACAAAUCUAUUUCAGUUCCGUCUCGCUCGAUUGCUUCCACAGAAGCCAUUGUGGACAUUACUGGUGGUAGUAGCAGUGUCCCGCGAGUUUGUGCCGACGAUCAAGAAUCCAUCAGAAGCAAUAAAACAGCUUCCAUAUUCCAGCCGCCACCACCAUCUCCGGAUCCCGAGCCAGCGCUUCCUUUCGACUUCCACCGAUUUCUCGAACAAUUAAGACACAGAACUGCAGAUCCAGUUGCGCGCUUCCUUCGGUCAUUCCUGACCGAAUUCGCGAAGAAGCAGUGGAUGGUACACGAACAGGUGAAAAUAAUCUCCGAUUUUCUGGAAUUCAUCACCAAGAAGAUGGGACAGUGUGAGGUGUGGCGAACAGUGUCGGAUGCAGAAUUCGACAACGCCAGAGAAGGCAUGGAAAAGCUUGUCAUGAAUCGUCUCUACUCGCAAACUUUCUCGCCCGCGAUUGCACCCUUCGCAGGAAGCCCUCGGAAAAGUGGAAGGGCUGGGAGAUCCCAAGCAGAUGCCGCCAACCCACAAGGCCCAGGCCGUCGAGGGCAGCAUCAGGAAGAUGUCGAGCGCGACGAUGUCAUCGCGCAAAAGAUCCGCAUCUAUGGCUGGAUCCGAGAGGAGCAUCUCGACAUUAAUGCCGUAGGUGACAAGGGCAAGAAGUUCCUGUCUCUUGCACAGCAAGAACUUCUCAAGAUCAACACAUAUCGGGCACCAAGAGAUAAAGUGAUCUGCGUUUUGAAUUGCUGCAAAGUGAUCUUUGGAUUUCUCCGGAGCGCCAAAGCCGAUCAAUCCGCAGAUUCUUUCGUUCCAUUGCUUAUUUACACCGUACUCAGGGCACGGCCUGAGCAUGUAGUCAGCAAUGUUCAAUACAUCUGGCGCUUCCGUAACCAGGAAAAGCUGGGGGGGGAAGCCGGGUAUUACAUGUCGUCUCUAAUGGGUGUGGUCAGCUUCAUUGAAAAUUUGGACAGGACGAACUUAACGAUAACCAACGAAGAGUUUGAGAGGAACGUUGAGCAAGCUGUUAGUCUUAUAGCGGAGAAGAAUCGAGCAGAAGAUUAUGAGAUCAAAAGCCAUUCAGACCCUGACCCAAGCCCGCCACAGAACCUGGACGAGAAGAGAUUGCCGAAGCGGCCAGAAAGUUCUACUCAAAUUCCCGCAGGGGGCGAGCGGUCAUCCGCCAGACGCGCCAUCAGCCAACAGCCAUCGGACAAAGGCCGGAGCACCGUAGACGAAAACAACGAUGCGAUGAUUGGUAUCCUAAGAACGAUACAAAAGCCGCUCAGCACGAUCGGGCGGAUGUUCUCUGAGGAAGCUGGACCUUCUGCGCCUCAGCCACCGCUCAAGCCAGCAAGCACGCCAUUACCAGGCUCUUCUCCUCGACGUGGACUGAGCCCAGUCCCGCCACUUGAACACAGGAGCAGUGGGGAUGGGCGCAAAUCUACUGAACGGCCCCUGACAUCGAGGAGACCGAGCCAGCAUCAGGAUAGUGCUGAAGCGGCUGCAGCACGACAGGCUAGCGCAGAAGCAUCCCAAGCUCAAAGCGUACAGGCCGAAGAACACAAAGUUGUAGUGGAAACACUUGAAACCAUGUUUCCGAAUCUGGACAAGGAGGUAAUUGAAGAUGUUGUGAGGUCACAGUCAGGGAACGUGGGCAAAGCAGUAGAUGCAUGUCUCGCCAUGAGUGGGUAG